AUGUCGAUCGCCCCUAAACGCGCCCCCAAACUCAUAUACUUCUCCGCGUGGUUCUGCCCGUUCGCCCAUCGAGCGACGCUCGCGUUGGAGCAUUACGCGCACGGCGGAGAGAUUUCCUACGAGUGGAAGGAAUCGCUCGGAUGGGAAAAACGCAAGUCAACCUCGAGUGAGGUGAAGACGAAACACGAGAAUUGGUACCAUUACAAGUCCCCAGAGCUACUGAGACACAACCCGCUGGGCAUGGUGCCGACACUCGUGACGCCGGCGACGUAUGAGGAUAAAGAUGGAGAUCCAUCGCGGAACGUGGUGACGGAGAGCUUGGUGUGCGUACAGUUUAUCGAUGAACUCGUUCGGGGAAACGCGUACGCCGGGGAGACGGCGGCGAUCAUGCCGAGCGACCCGUACGCGCGCGCGAAGGCGAGAGUGGACGCCGACUGGGUGAACAAAAACGUAUGCUCGAGGUAUUAUCACGUCCUGGUGCGACAAGAGGCGAGCGAGCAGAGAGAAGCGUUUGAAAAGCUCGUGGAGGGGCUGGAGACAUUCGCGGCGUGGUGCGGCAGCGGAGAAGGGAAGUUCUAUGGUGGACAAACGACGCCCGGAUUGGUGGACUACGCGCUCUUUCCAUGGGCGUGGCGCCUCCCGGUGUUCGAGCACUACCGCGGGAUGGAUUUCAAGAUUCCUCGCACCGCGGCACUGAAAUCGUAUCACGAUUGGAUGGAAGCCAUGCUCGCGCGAGAGCAAGUUCGCAAGACGCUUCCACCGUGGGACGAUUACUUGGAACACAUUGGACGAUACGCCGACGGGAGCGCGCGAUCGAAAGUCGCCAACGCAGUCCGCAGCGGCCGUGCGGCGCACGAUUACGACGACAAGGAGGACAACACCGAUAGUUGA